GCCAAAAUCACAUGAAAUUUAAUCAAAACAGGGUGUGAGCUUUGACAACGACAACCAGUGUGAGUGGGGAUUACGCAGCCACCACAAUAGCCAGAUCCGGCCGAUGGCCACCGCGAAACCGCCGCAGUUUUCAUUCUCCGGCGGGGCACCGCCGCUAUGCUCACUCAAAGGAUCCAUCGUAUCCAUCGCUGUCAUAACCUUCUUCUCCCUCUUUUAUCUCUCUCUCAAUUCCCUACGAACUUCGCCGCCUUCUCCGGUUUUGGUCGAACAUAUUCGUCCUACUCAGACCAUUGUGGAGGAUGAUAGCAACGAUCAGAGCAAUGGAGGAGUUGAGUCGGAUAUAUUUUCCGAUGUCUACCACUCGCCGGAGGUUUUCCGGUUGAAUUACGAGGAAAUGGAGAGGAGAUUCAAGGUUUACAUCUAUCCCGACGGCGAUCCCAACACCUUCUAUCAGACGCCAAGGAAGCUCACCGGAAAAUACGCAAGCGAGGGCUAUUUCUUCCAGAAUAUCAGGGAGAGCCGGUUUCGGACCCUAGAUCCGGAGGAAGCGGAUCUCUUCUUUAUCCCGAUCUCUUGUCACAAGAUGCGCGGCAAGGGAACAUCAUACGAAAACAUGACUGUGAUUGUCCACGAUUAUGUGGAUAGCUUGAUAGCUAAGUACCCUUAUUGGAAUAGAACAUUAGGAGCAGAUCACUUCUUUGUCACCUGUCAUGAUGUCGGCGUUAGGGCAACUGAGGGAGUCGAGCUUCUUGUGAAAAAUGCUAUUAGGGUGGUAUGCUCGCCUAGUUACAAUGUCCCUUUCAUUCCUCACAAAGAUGUUGCAUUGCCGCAAGUGCUUCAGCCUUUUGCUCUUCCUGCCGGUGGAAAUGAUAUAGAAAACCGGACCACCCUUGGUUUCUGGGCAGGUCACCGUAACUCCAAGAUUAGAGUCAUACUUGCGCGCGUGUGGGAGAACGACACAGAACUUGAUAUUUCAAACAACAGAAUAAACAGGGCUACCGGACAUCUGGUGUAUCAGAAGAGAUUCUACAGGACCAAAUUUUGCAUAUGCCCUGGUGGCUCCCAGGUCAACAGUGCUCGGAUAACGGACUCAAUCCAUUACGGAUGUAUUCCCGUAAUACUGUCAGACUAUUACGACCUUCCCUUCAAUGACAUUCUUGAAUGGAGAAAAUUCGCGGUCGUACUCCGAGAACGGGAUGUCUACAACCUCAAGCAGAUUCUCAAAGACAUAACUCAUUCUGAGUUUGUUUCACUCCACAACAACUUAGUCAAGGUUCAGAAGCAUUUCCAGUGGAAUUCGCCUCCUGUUAAAUACGACGCCUUUCACAUGGUCAUGUACGAGCUCUGGCUACGCCACCAUGUAAUCAAAUACUGACGAUUUUCCCACAUAUACAAAGAGCUAAUAUGUAUGUGUGUACUACCUUUUGUAAGUUCCAAUCAUAAUUGCAAUUUGUUUUUUGGAAAAUCUUGAAAUGCAGUAA